UGAGCUCCAUUCAAUACACGUACAAAUCGGUUAUAGAAAUGUAAGGAAGUUAUCAAAACAGAUGAUAUUUCGAAAAAAGAAUCAGAUUUUUUUUAUGUACUAACUACACGUGAGAAAUAUGAGAAUGUAUGGAAUAUUCAGAGAAGGGAGUCAAAUCAAUCAAGUAAUAUGCGCAUUAUUCAUAAACCUACCUGUAUUCGCGUACGGAGCGAGUAUAGGAUGGAUGUCCCCAAUGACUCUGCUUUUGCAGUCAGAUAAAUCUCCCAGAGGUACCCCUCUCACGGACCUCGAGGUAUCAUGGAUGGCUGCGGUUGCCUACUUAGUUUGUAUCCCGGGCGACUUUAUUAUGGCAUUCUUGGGAGACCAUAUCGGACGAAAGAGAACUUUAAUGUUGAUUUCUUUUGCUAAUGCUUUAACAUGGAUUGUACUAUUAUCAUCAACGGAAGUAUGGGCUCUUAUAUUAGCCAGGGUUCUGGUUGGGUUCUCAAUGGCAGGGUGUUUUGUCACUUGUCCCAUAUAUACGAAGGAGAUCAGUGACGACAAUAUACGAGGUGCUUUGGGUUCCUUGGUGGUUCUUUUCCAUACAACCGGCAAUUUAUUUUUAUACAUCAUAGGUGAUAUAUUGAGCUAUAACACUAUUCUAUGGAUAUGUCUCAUGAUACCCACCUUCCAUCUUAUUGUGUUCAUGAUGAUGCCAGAAACUCCCUCAUAUUUAAUCAAACGCGGAAAAACUGAGGAAGCUGGUCGAGUUCUAGCUUGGUUACGAGGUAGAAAGGAGACCCAUUCAUCAAUAACAAACGAAAUUCAAUUGCUACAGAAGGAACAGAGAAAUGACGAGGGCAGCAACAAGUUUCUUAUUAAAGCAAUUUUUAAAGACACGACGCUUUUCCACGCGUUCCGUAUAGCAAUGGUACUCAGCUUAGCGCGCGAAGUAUGUGGAGCAAACCCAGUGUUAAAUUUUGCUGGUGGAAUAUUCUCAAUCGCUUCCAAGGAAAACAGUCUUGUUCUCACGCCGAAUCAGCAAGCAAUGCUUCUUGGUGCUAUACAAGUAGCUGGUUCGGCUUUGGCCUCUUGCAUCAUCGAAAGAACUGGAAGAAAGUUUGUACUCUUCACAACAUCACUAAUAUCUGGGUUAAGCAUGUUCGCAUUAGCUUCAUGGUUUCUCGCAACGGAUUAUUCCUUGGUGCUGCCGAACUGGCUUCCCAUAGUGACUCUGUGUUUAUGCAUCUUCUGCGACUCAGCCGGUCUGGCGCCGAUGACACUGGUGAUACUGGGAGAAAUAUUUUCGUUUAAGUACCGUGGCACUGUCAUGGCCGCAACAAUGUCAGCAGCAUCAUUCGCGGACUUCUUACAAUUGCUUUUCUUCAAACCUAUAGCAAAUGCAAUUGGCAUAUACGCAUCGUUCUAUUUCUUUGGCUUUAUCUGUGUCGCGAACGCCGUGUAUGUUCUGUUUUGGGUGCCAGAGACAAAAGCAAGAUGUCUAGACGAUAUUUACAGUGAUUUGAAUAAAGUGAAAUCGAAACGGAAAGAUAAUUCGUCGUGCGCUGAAUACAGAUUGUAA